GCAGGCAUUAAAUGUGUGCAGACGUUGGAGGUCGGGAUGCAGUGACGUAUUCCAUCUCGUUUUGUAUCUUUGCAGACGGAGCUGAGCAUGGAGCUGAGCUGUGAUUUGUUGUGACCGCAAACCGUUUUUUACAGCAACGCGAGAUUAUGAUGAGCUCUAUGACGAAAGGGCCUCGAUGAAAUGUAUUUAUGUUGUGUGUUGGACACACUGGAUGCGGUUAUCUGUCUUCUAACGGUGUCAUCAACUGAUUAGUCCGUUAAGCCUUUGGUUGGACAUCGACUACUAGUGACUGACUAACGUUACUAAUGCUCCUUGAUGUGUUGUCGGUUUGACAUGAGGAUGCUAGAGGGAGGCACGUCCAUGACACCAUGACUCCAACUCUGCCCGUGGUCUUCUGCUGUUGUCACAGGAAAAACUGGUUGCAUUCAGCAGCAGACAGCAAACACAUCUCUAUUUUCCACCCAAUUAUUAUCUUGCCCCAGAUGCAAUGGAAGGACAAGCAUAAUGAAUAGAUACACUACCAUCAGACAGCUCGGGGAUGGCACCUACGGCUCAGUCAUCCUCGGUCGCAGUCUAGAGUCAGGAGAGCUAGUUGCCAUAAAGAAAAUGAAAAGAAAAUUCUACUCCUGGGAAGAAUGCAUGAACCUUCGUGAAGUCAAGUCUUUAAAGAAACUCAACCAUGCUAAUGUGAUCAAACUUAAGGAGGUAAUUCGAGAAAAUGAUCACUUGUACUUCAUAUUUGAGUACAUGAAGGAAAAUCUAUAUCAGCUAAUGAAAGACAGGACUCGAUUGUUUCCUGAAUCUGCUGUAAGAAAUAUUAUGUUUCAGAUACUACAGGGGCUUGCGUUCAUUCAUAAACAUGGGUUUUUUCACAGGGACAUGAAACCUGAGAAUCUUCUGUGCAUGGGCCCAGAGCUGGUGAAAAUAGCUGACUUUGGGCUUGCCCGGGAAAUCAGAUCACGACCACCAUACACAGACUAUGUCUCGACCAGAUGGUACAGAGCCCCAGAGGUGCUCCUCAGAUCCACAUCCUACAGUUCACCCAUAGACCAGUGGGCAAUUGGCUGCAUCAUGGCAGAGCUUUAUACCCUCAGGCCUCUUUUCCCAGGCUCCAGUGAAGUAGAUACUAUAUUCAAAGUUUGCCAAGUCUUGGGUACGCCAAAGAAGAAUGAUUGGCCGGAGGCAUACCAUCUUGCAAGUGCAAUGAAUUUCCGUUGGCCUCAGUGUGUUCCCAGUAAUCUGAAGACACUGAUCCCAAAUGCCAGUCCUGAAGCCAUUCAUCUGAUGACAGACCUGCUCCAGUGGGAUCCCAAGAAGAGACCAGCUUCUGCCCAGGCUCUCAGGUACUCUUACUUCCACGUGGGCCAGGCUUUGGGCACUCCUCAGCAGAUCCUGGAGCAGGGCAGGCCUCAGCCAGGCUUUGUGCCGCCACUGGCUCGUUUACAGUCACAACAGACGCUGCAGCAGCAACCCCUGCUGCUUAAGCCUGUGCCUCCCUCCCAGCCUCCACCUCCCAACCAACACUGCUCCCCCCCCAGGCCUCUCCAGCAGAUCCAGCCUUCCCCUGUAUCUGCAGCUGCUCAGGCGGCAGUGUACCAACGGCACACAGAGCUGGUGCGAGAGCAGCAACCGAAGCACACCCUGAAGCAGGAACAGACCGGAGGAACACCACAGAGCCAUCUUCCUUAUAUUGUUGAUAAGAGUCUCCAGAGCAAGCAAACAAGACAGGAGUCAGAAAAAGCAAACCUACUGAGCUAUCAGUUGAAACCUAAAGGAGGGCGGCGGCGCUGGGGCCACGGCACAGGACACCUUAAGGGAGAAGACUGGGACGAAUACGAGCAAACAGAUCUGACAUCCAUAAGUAUUCUCGGAAAAAGUAACUUCUCCACAGAGAAGUCGAGGCAGGGCGAGGACGCACUGAGCAGGUAUGGAAAUGUUCUGGAUUUCAGUCGACCCCGUGAAAAGGAAGAUGCACCUUUAAACCUGAACAAAAGUACAGCCUACCAGGAGCCAUUGAGAACUGCUUCUGCCAAACAACAUUACUUGAGGCAGUCAAGAUAUUUACCUGGCAUUGGCACAAAGAAGAACGUGGCCAUAAAUGCCAGUAAAGACUCGACUGGAAGCCAUCUUUGGGGCAACAGUAGUAUUCCAUUUGGAGGGACUCUGCCAAGCAGAGGGGCUCACGGUACAAAUACAAUCCCAGGUGGAUACAUGCCGUCGUUUUACAAAAAAGACAUUGGUUCUGCCGGUCACAGAGGGCACCAGGUUCCUUCAGUGGAAUCAACAGCAUCAAAUUAUGCAACAUGGCAGUCUGGCCGGAGUCCGAUGAACACCUCUACCAACAUGUCAUUGGCCAACAAGAGCACCCCUCGCUCGCAAGUGCUGCCCCGCCCGCCGGUACAGUCUAUCCACGGCCGAACAGACUGGUCUGCCAAAUAUGGACACCGCUAGUGCCCUGCCUGGAGCUCUGAUCUUUGCUCCUAAGAACUCUUUCACCUCCAAAGAGUAGGCCUAGUUGUUUUAUAAUCAGAAUCUGUACAUACAUCUUACACAGCAAUAAUUUUGUUUUUCAUUAUGUGUACUAUGGAUGUUGUGAGUUGUAAAAUAUCUUAUGUGUAUAUUUAAAUGCAACCGGCCAAAACCAGUGUUUUUAUUUUGUAUUUCUGUAACAUAACUACUGUCCUACAGAGGUUACAACUUCAGUUUUGUAUCAGAUUUAUCACUUAAUGUUCACCAACCUGUAUACAUAAUAUGCAUAUUAUAAUUUUAUUAAAAACUUCACUGUGACUAGUGUUUUUGUUUUUGGCUACAACUAAUUAUUUGCCUCUGGAAAGUUAAGUCGUUUUUGUUUUUAGAUGGUCGACUUGUCAGGUAACUAUUAUUUGUGCAUUAUAUGUUUUUAAUGAAAUUCAAGGCUAUGCUUUGAUUUCAGUAAAAUGAAUAUAAUGCAGGUGUACUGUACAAAUCUGAUUUAGUUGUUAACACGUUUUACCCCUUUGGCCAAAGUGAGUGUGAUUAUUAAAUUGACAGUUAUUGAGUAUUAUUAAACUUUUGACUGGGUACCAACAUG